AGCAGUAUCAGCUGCAGCAGUGUUAUAUGUAUGAGUUGCAAGACAGACUCGCGAAACUUCGUAUCGAUCCCCUGUACCCUGUUGUCGGCUCAAGCAAUCAAGGUUAUCACAAUAACGUAUUUUUAAUGACGUACUCAGAGGAAAAUGAGAACGACAAUAAUUAUAACGAGUAUCAUCGGCUGCCGCCGCCCUUCCCCUUCCGAUACGAAAGCCCGGCGUGCUCUCGUUCUCUAAGUAUUACAGACGUAACUUACAGUCCAGGCAAUAAUAAUGCGAUCGUUAGCAAUUACGAUGAAAAUGACUAUGAUGAUAUGGAGGAUGAGAAUCCGCGGAAAGGUCUCUUGAAACAGAUCUUUUGCCUUCCAUUAAAUUAAAGCUCGAUUUGAGCUUUUUUAAAAGGAUUAGGUUGCCUCCGAUUCGAUUACUCGAUACGCAUGCUGUAGAAACAAACAACUCGAGACUUACAGUAUCAUUGGACGUAAACGUCCCGUAUAGUUACAUAGUAUUAAAAAAUAUGGAAAAUA